CACACGAGACGCACAGCUUCCGCAGCUUCACUGACUGUUCGUAUGAUUCCGUUUUAUUCCUCUAACUGCUCGCCUCAAACUGCAGCUUUUUUUUUUGUUAAUCAGCGGCUGAGAAAGCUUCAGUGUGUUCACAUGUUGUGCUCAUAACAGGCUGCACAUGCGCAGAGGUUUAGUGUGAACGGUGGAACCCAGAAGCUGCAGUGUAACGAGUUACAUCAGGUGAUGGAGUGUAACUAGGUACAAAUUAGUGCACAUUUAAGGACAGGACCUUCCUUCAGGCAUCUGAAAAGUCACAGACAAGAUGAUCUACAUCAUCAUGGGAGUUUCAGGUUCUGGAAAAAGCAGCUUAGGGAUGUUUUUGUCUGAAAAGCUCGGCUGGCCGCUGCAUGAAGGGGAUAAUUUCCACCCACAGGCGAACAUCGACAAGAUGUCUCGUGGUGAACCUCUCACAGACCAGGACAGAUUGCCUUGGCUUCUAAAGAUACAUGAAGUCAUUGAAAGUGAAAGGUGUUCCUGCUCGGAUGCCCUGGUGGCCUGCUCCGCCCUGAAGCGUCACUACAGACAGAUCCUCCUCCAUGGCUCCAAAGCCCUCACUCCCCCUUCCAGCCCAGACCAAGACAUCUUGCCUCCCUCUCAUCCUGAUGUCUGUUUUCUCUUCCUGCACGGUGACUACGAGUUCAUUCACCAGAGGAUGGUGGCCCGGAGGGGACAUUACAUGAAAGCAGACCUGCUGCGCUCACAGUUUGACUCUUUGGAGCCUCCACUGGAGGAGGAGAACGUGCUGUCACUGGACAUCAGGAGGAGCAUCGCUGACAUGGCUACGGAAGUCGAAAAGCACAUUAUCAGCUUCAAGUCGUCAACAGCGAAACUGAAAUGACUGAACAACUGUGGGAGCUGGAUGGCCAUGAAAUUUAAUACAAACAUUCAUGGUGCUCAGAGCUGACUUUGGUGACCCCCAGACUUAUCCAAUAGCAACUUAAAGAAUUUGACGUGUUAUCCAGAGUGACAUGUCUUCACCAGUCUGGUGUAAUGAAAUAAUGCAUGAAUACCACAAGACAUUUGGGGGAUUUUUGAGUUCAAGCCUUUGCACCCAUGCAGUGUGCACCCUGACUUUAUGGAUAUUUAUUCAUAUAUCCUGAAAACUAUUGAAUGGAUUGCUGUGAAAUUUGGUGUACACAUCCAGGGCCGGGCUGCAAGAUGGAGCGAUGUUUAGCACUGUUGCCUCGCAUCUAGAAGGUCGCCAGUUCGCAUCC